AUUUUCAAAUUCCUAAAUAUCUUGGUCGGUAAUGUAUCAAUAUCAUUUUUGGUAAAUAACCUUCGCGCUUGAAGUUGCAGCUAGUGUUAGUUAUUUUAUUCAACAUACUUGCACAAUUGAUACAUGAAGUUGGUUGGUCCGAGUGUUUAGAUCCAAGAACGCACCAUGUGGUCGGUGUUUAGUUUGGUUAUUUUACGUUCUCCACGUGUAAUUGUCAAAAUAUAAUUAAAGUAUAAUUUUGUAUUAUAUGGUAUCGUUAAUAUAUGGAGUAUAUGAUACCGACUGUAUAUACCAGAAAUAUUAAGUUUUCUCGAAUUAAGUGACAAAAUGCAAAUGAAGUUAAAUAGAAGGCGCCGAUCCUCAAAAAUUGAAGUGAUAGAUGUUGAUGAUUUAGUUCUUGCAAGAAAAGGAGGAGGUAGUAUAAUAGAUCAACGGCCAGUUUUUUCUCAUGAUGGAGAAACAUUGUACAUAGUAUGGAAACAUGUUAUAAGAGCAUAUAGUACACAAACUGGGGAUUUUGUAAGAGAAUUAGAACCAGCAAGUCAUAGAAUAGCAGGAUUAAUUAUCCACCCUGAUAAUCCUAAUCAAAUUAUUACUUGUACAGAAAAUGGAGAGCUUAAUUUUUGGAGUUGCCAGAGUGGAAUUAUCACCAAAAAAUUAAAAUUGAAAUUUCAAGAAGAACCGAAAAUAAAAACUUUUCACAUUGUAAAUUAUAAAACUCACAAAGGGAACGAGUUACGACAAGUACUUGUAACUUACCUAGCUAAUAAUAAAACAGAAAUUUAUAUAGUUUUAUUUGAUUUAGAGAAUGGAAUUUGUACAAAGUCUACAUGUAUCUUAACUAAUUUUCCUGAAUAUUAUGUUGAUAUAAUAGGAAAUCAUGGAGAUAAUUUAAUAGCUAUUCUCCAUGAUGCAGAUUUACAUAUAUUAAAUCCAUCAAGGAAUCUUACUGAUAAAUUGCAUAAAACAGGUAAAACGGGUAGAAUACCAACAUGUAUUGCUGGACAUCCAGAAGAAGAAUGUGUUGCCACAGGAGAUUCAACUGGCCGUGUUGUAGUAUGGAGGGGUUUGUUUCAAACCAGACCUUGUACAGCUGUGUAUCAUUGGCACACUUUACCAGUUACAGAGAUAGCAUUUAGUAAAUCGGGUACACAUAUGUAUACUGGAGGUGGGGAAUGUGUACUUGUAAAAUGGGUAUUAGCAAAUUCACAUCAAAAAUCAUUUCUACCUCGGUUACCUGCACCUAUUAAACAUCUAACUAUUGCUCCAAAUAAUUUGUAUGUUGCUGUAUCUACUUUAGAUAAUGGCAUUGUAGUUGUAAAUCCACAAAGAAAGUUAACAUCUGUAAUACAGAAUUUUACAUGGGGUGUAGCUUUAUCUUCUAAAGACCUAUUUCCUGCUGGUCUUAUUGUUGAUCCACGUACAAACUGCCUUGUGUUAAACAGUCGUACUGGACAUGUUCAGUUUUAUAACACCCAUACAAAAAGUUUAUUGUAUAAUAUAAACAUUACCGCACAAAACUUUUUAACCCAAGAACGUAGUGUAAUAAUCGUUAAUACGGAAGUUACAAAAAUAGCUCUAAAUCACGAUGGUUCGUGGUUAGCGACCGUAGAAGAACGAAACGAUAAAACAUCGUGUAUAGAAGUAAGACUAAAGUUUUGGAUGUUUGACACUAAACAGCAAUUGUUCACAUUGAACACGUCAAUAGAACUUCCUCAUGAAGGUGGUAUAAAUGCCUUGCAUUUUCAACCAAAUAUAUUUGGUGAAGAUGCAGCGAUGGCGGUUACAACUGGUAGAGACAAAAAAUUCAAAUUAUGGCAGCUAGCUGAACCUUCCUCUGUUUAUAAAAAAACAAAACAUUGGCAAUGUCAUAGUAUAGGAGAUUAUAGAAAUUUGCCUGUAACGGAUGCUGGAUUUUCAGUAGAUGGUUCAUUAGUUGGUAUUGGUUUUGAUUCUAGCGUGACAAUGUGGACACCCGAUACCUGUACAUUUAAAUGUAGCCUUACACACAGUAAAUAUCAGUAUCCUAUAACGCGAAUUGAAUUUGGAAAACAAGAAGCCUGUCAUCUCGUGGUAACAGCUUCCACUCAGCAUAUUGCAGUUUGGAACAUUUUGUCCCUUACGUUAAUAUGGAGUGUACCGCUAAAAGUAGCAACUUUAACGGCGGAUCCGAAAUCUACGUAUAUGGCCGUUUUUACAACUGACAAUUCGCUAUAUGUAUUUACACCGCAAAAGUCAAUGCCUAUUUAUACGAGAAAAGAUAUUAUUGAACCUGGUAACCGUAUUUUGGGUGCUACCUUCGUACCCCACUUACAGAGGAAGCGAGAUUUAUCGUACGGGCUAUGGCAACAAAGAUCACAACUGUUCUUUAUAGAUUCUAAUCAAGAGUUGUUAACGCUGGAACCAGAGUCUGAAGUAUCUAUUUCUCUGGAAACUUUGUCCACAAACGCAUCCGUACCAGCAACUGCGUUCAGCAGUCUAAUAGCAGCCCAAGUUACAACAGACAAGGAAACGACUACUCCUUUAAUACAUGAACAGUUAAAUGUAUUAGGAAAAGGAAUGGUGAACGAACUACUGAGUGUCUCGGCCCAUACUCUGCCACCCAUGAAGUUGCUUUGUUCUUCUUUCAUUACGUCUCUGUUACUGUCACCUGCUACGAAAACUCAAUCAACAGACGACAAGAACACCAGGAAUGAAGCGCAGAAUGAAGCGGAUACCACGGACGAGAGCGAAGAAGAAUCCCCGCGGCCAGUGAAGCGACAAUCUUCGCCCGUAGUUGAAGACAAGGAUACAGACGAAAUGAAAGUACAACUCGUCGAUUACAAUUGGUCUUUCCUAUCGACUAUUCUUCCGGAGACGAUAUUGAACAUUGAUGAAGGAAAGCCCAGAUAGAUCAUGAUACUCUUUUUUACUGAAGACUCCUGUGAAUGACAUUGAUUCAAAUAGAUUUUAUCCCGUUUAAAAUUGUGGUUUUUGAUUGCUUUUACUCGUACCAGAAAUUUCAUUUACUUAUCAAUCGAUGAACAAAAAGAUAUUCUAUUGAAAUCAUGAUGUUAUGGAAUGAGAAACAUUUAUUUUAUGUAUUAUUUAUUACAUGUUAUUUUACAAAUACAGUGUCUCCGUUUAUAUAGAAAUGUGUAAUACAAAGUGUCGUACAAUCA